CGUCCAAAAACGUCGUUGAGACGUGCCUCGGUUAUUUAAUUUUUAUUUAUUUUAAAGUUAUAACUUGUAAUAACAGAACACUUGCUCUAACGAGGUUGUAAUUAAGAACUUAUUGUGUUGUGUUAUUACUUAUUUGUUUAACCGAUUCAUUACCGAAUAACAAUGUACAUAUUUACUCAUGUUCAACAUACCGAGUUUGAAAAGUUUGCAUUCACAUGUAACAUAGGUACUGGCGUCAGUUCAUAUAAUUUAGUUAAUUUAAAAUUAUGAAAAUUGUGGUUCGUUAUGUGGAAAAUAUUUUUGUGAAGAUAAUUCUUCGGCAAACGUUACAUAGUUACAAAAGGUUUUCAAUAGUAAGCGCUUGUGUAAAGACCCAGGACAGUGUUUCUGUCUACAAUAAAGUAUGCUUUAUACCAGUAACACUAAUGUUCUUAUGGCCCACAAAAGUCAAAAUUAUAUCUGAAACAAAACCAGAUUUAGAGCCAACAGUUAUUGACAUUGCUGAUAAAUUAUUUGAUUCAGGGAAAUAUGAAGAAUGUUAUAAACUGCUAAUAGGGUCUCAGGAUCAGAACAAUAUAGAAAUAAAAUGGCGGAUAUGCCGAGUUUUAUAUAAUAUGGCAAAGGAUCCAAUUCAUAGCAAGGAGCAUAAGAAAGAUCUUAUUUGUAGAGCUCAUGACAUAAUUUCUGGAGAGCUAGAAAAUCAUUGGGAUGUCUUUGCAGUUCAGAAAUGGUAUGCUUUAAUAUUAGAUGCAAAGAGUUCUAGUGAAGGUUUGAAAAGCAGAAUUGAAGAACUUGAAAAUGUCAGAAAGCAUAUGGAACUUGCUGUUAGUUUAAACCCAAAUGAUGCAACCCUUUUGCAUAUGCUUGGAGAGUGGUGCUACCAGAUCACUGAGGUGCCAUGGCAUCAACGGAAAACAGCGGAGACUUUAUUUUCGCCUCUUCCUCAUUCAUCUUAUGAAGAUGCGCUUGAAUACUUCUUGAGAGCCGAAGAAGCGCAGCCUCGAUUCUACAGUAUCAACUUACUAAGGUUGGGAUGUUGCUAUAUAAGGUUGAAUAAAGUUGAUCAAGCAGAAUAUUACCUGAAGCUUGCAGCAAGUUAUCCGGCCAAAUGUAAUGAUGAUCACCAAGCUAACAAGGAAGCAAGUGAGUUGUUGAAGAAGUUAAAAAAAGCAAGCAAUUAAAUAUUGUCUCGUUUAUUUUUCACUAAUGAGAGUGUACUUAUUUACUUACUAUUUUCUAUCUUUUAAUAUAUAAAAUUCUCGUGU